UUGACGGGAACAUUUCAGUGAAUUUCGGAAAUUCCUGAUUACUUUCGAUAUUUUAUAAUUUGUUAUAGUUAUGUAAAAUGAAUUCUUUAGUUCGCGCAGGUUUUUCAUUUGCUAAAAAUGCGGUUGUGUCCACAUCUAUUCGAUCUAUUUCUACAACCAGACAAUUAAAUUUGAAAGAACUGCGAGAACGUACAGAGGGCUCAACGCUAGUAGUGGAAGGUGUAACUGUGCCUUCACCUCGGACAAAUUUGCUUGUUCGUGCUGAAGAUUUAGCAGGAUUUGAACCAAGUGAAGGAACGGCAGAAAAUCCCUGCUAUAUGUGCUCGUUGGGACUAGAUGUGAAACAUACCGAUGUACUUAUUCUAAGCCAGUUUGUACGAUCCGAUGGCUGUAUGUUACCCCGACGUAUUACUGGGCUUUGCAAGCGACAACAGAAAAAGAUUGGUAAACUAGUAACUAUGGCCCAGAAAGCAGGUCUUAUGAUCAAUCUCACUCCAGCAAACUGCCAAAAGGAUCCCAAGAAACGGAGAUUGUACAAAAAGUUCAACACAUACUUUGAUGAGAAAACAAUAUUCAUGUGGAGAAUCCCCAAACCCACAGAUAGAUUUAAACGAUAAUUUUAUCAAUAAAGUGUAAAUCAACAAUAACGGAAAUUAAAUGUAGUCGCUACA